AUAAUACAAAAGAAUGAAACAGAGGAUCUCUUCAUGUUCGGAUAUGCCUGUAAAUUGUUUAGGGAUGAUGAGAAGGCGAAGGAGAUCGACGAAGGAAAGCACCUUAUUCCAUGGAUGGGAGAUGAGAGACUCAUGAUCGACAGGUCGGUUUUCAAAAGCUCGCACCUUGCUUUUGGUGUAGCCACCAUCGAAUUUUCGUUCGCGCAAAAUAAACACUCGGGUCGUGAUAACACUCAUUCUCUUUCAGAUUUGUUGAAAUUACGCUGAUGUAAUUCGUCCAUAGGAGAAUGAAAGGGCAUAUACAUUUCCAUGUACAUAGACAAAAUUUAGACUUUCUUGUCACCUAAUGCCCUUACGCCGCAACAAGAUGGGGAGGAGCCUUAGGAAUCAUGGAAAACAUCACAAAGCCCUGAGAUAAAUACCAUCCAUCUAAGACUCAAGGCUGGUUGCAGACAGAAACCUCAGCAUCAAGUGGCCGUCUGGAUCGUUUGAAUCCAGAAUGACUUCCAGGGCCUACCACAUCAUCAGAACCCUGGCCAUGUUUUGCAAUUUAAGGGUGUCUUUAUAAAUCAGAGACCCUACACAAUUGUAAGGCAGAUCUUUUUGGAAUGCUUUCAUUUCAGGUUGUGUCUGCUAUGGAAGGCCCACUCACCAAUGAUUGAUAUGACGGAAGAGGGCACCUGUAUGACCUGACCAAGCAUGAUGCUGACGUGGUCAAAGGCUUCCCAGUGGAGCUCAGUGAAGAGGAGAAGGCUAUUGAGGCAGCUUGUGAUGAAGAGCGCUACUUCGAACUGCACACUGAUAUUCAGGAAAAGAAUAUGUAUGAAGAAGAGGAAUGGAAGCGCUAUUAUGAAUCCUUGCAAGAAGGUUACAAAGCAGUUGGCUUCAGCUAUGAUCAGCCAGUUUCUGGAGAAGGAACAGAAACAUUGGAGCAUAGGGCCACAACUACACCAUGCAAACUUUUGUUGCAUUUCUGUAGCAUGGGUUGUUUUACAGGGUGGGGUUGCUAGCCCCAUGCCUAACCCUCCUUCAUCUGGGCUUGGGACCAGCAGGCUACCCAGGGAGUUUCCAGAUGAGCAGCCUGCUGAAGAAGAAAAAAAGUUUGUUCCUGCAGAAGAACUAAGAAUACCUUCAGAUGUAGAAGUGCCACAAACGGAAAAGGAACAUACUCGAAUAGAGAAAACAGCAACUUUCAUUGCAAAGCAUGGUAUUCAGAUGGAGAUAAUGGUGAAGGCAAAGCAGGCCCGAAAUCCACAGUUUGAGUUUCUCAACUUUGAGCAUCCCUUAAACCAAUACUACAAACAUUUGGUGCAGAUGAUCAAAGAUGGAAAGUAUCGACCUCAGCAAGACCAGGAAGAGAAAGAAGAGAUGGCAGGAUAUGACAAAGAUCAUUACCUUCAUCCAAGUUUGUCAAACUCUUCUGCAGCUGUGCCUUUGCCACCACCCCCGCCUCCUAAGCCAAUCAUCAUGCCCAAGAUCUCUAUCCAUGACACUCCCUACGGUCAGCUGAUCACAUCAUUUAAAAAGUUUUCCAGAGUUGACACAAAAGAAGAAAAGCAAGAUGAAGUACCUGAUAUGGGGCCACCUCCGUUACCACCAUUUAUGGCUCAGCCUGAUUAUGGCAGCUCUUCUCCUCUUCACAGCCUCAGAGUUGCUGGGUUCCACCAACGCAUUCACCAGAGUGGCUUGUGUGAUGAGCGGGAGCAGCCCCCACCUCCUGGUACUGAAGCUAUUGGCCCGCUUCCAAGACCUCAUUCAGCAGGCGACUUAGCAGCUCUGAAUGAAGAAGAUUGCGGCUCGGCUAAAAGUGACAAAGUACCACCACCACCUGACAUACAGCCUAUCAUUGACCGCAUGGCCAUGUAUGUGGCAAAGAAUGGUUUAGAGUUUGAGAUAGUGGUAAAGAGCAAGAAAGACCCUCGUUUUGCCUUCUUGGAGCCCGGCCAUGUUCACUUCCAUUAUUAUGAUUCCAAGAAGCAAAUGCAUAUUAAAGAGGCAAAGAAGAAAAUGGAGGCAGAAAAACUAAAAGAACAAGCACGUGAAAAACAAGAAAGAGAAGAAGCAGCGCAAGCUAAUCGCAGCAUCAGUUUCUCUAUCAAAGGGCGCAGUCGAGAGCCAGAUGCAGUCAACACACUGAAGCGGCCCCUGUUUGAUUAUGACAGUAGUGAUGGAGAGACAGAAGGUGAUGCUGAUGGAAAAGAGAAAGGCAGUGGUUCACCAUCUUCUUCACCAGAUGUACGUGGGAGUGCAGUUUUGUUACCAACUAACUUAUCUUCCACAACUUCUGCAUCAGUGCCUGCAACUUCUGACACUAAGGCACCAAUUGCACCAGAGGAGCUGGAACGUAGACAAGCCGAGGAAAGACUGAAAGAUAAGCUAGUAGCUGCUGCCAGAGACAAACUGAUGAGUACAGCCAGGGAGAAGCAGCUACAGCUAGAGAGAAAACGAAAGGCAGCCAUGUUCAUCAAUUUGCUUCGUAUUGUCAAAGAAUCACCUUUCCCUGAUGAAGGUGGAAGUGGCGAAGUUGCCUCAGAAGCAAAAUCCUCCCCAACAGUGACUCCUGUAAACAGUCAGCCCCACUCUCCUCUUGUUUUUGAAUACAACAACCGAUCCGGGACACCAGUUCGAUGGGAAGACAAAUCCAAGAGAACUUCCCGAUCAAAAUCACCCUCGGAUUUUCGGAAAAAACGAAGAACAAAGUCACCUACACCCCCUACUGCGUAUUCUAAUCCCAGAAGAUCACCUCCUAGAUACAGUCCUGCUCAAAGACGGUCACGAUCACCAAGGAGACCUCACAUUGGCACACGUCCAAGAAUCUCACCUCUUGGCUCCUGGUCACGAAGGUCUCCAUCCCCAGCCAUGAGGAGUCGAUCUCCCUUGAAACGACCGAGUGAAUCACCACGAAAAAAGACCACUAGAAAAUCUAAAUCUCGAUCACCGUCUCCCACGUCCAGCAAGCACAAGAAAAAGCAUAAACGUUCCCGAUCAAAGACACCCAGCAAAAAGAAAGACCGGGAGAGUGAUAAAUCCAAAGAAAAAGAGGAGAAGAGGAAAUCGAAGGAGAGACGAUCCAAAGACAACGAGUGGGAUAACUUGAAAGAUAAGGAAAAACACAAGGACAAGCACAAGGAGAAAAAGAAAGACAAGGAGAAAGACAAGUUAAAGAGCAAGAAGGACAAGCAUAAAACUGAUGAUCGAGAAAAAGAAAGACGUCGUUACAAAACUGAUGAUGGAGAGAAAGACAGAAGUCGUUACAAAAAAAGCAGCAUCAAGAGCCAGGAGUCUGGCAGCAAAGAUAGCAAAACCAAAAGCCGGUCCAGUAGCAGGCAGAAAGAGCCAUCUUGCAGUCAAACCCAUGACUCAGAUGCAGCAGAUAAAUCUCUCAUGCAAUCACCUUUAAAGGAGAAGUCGAUUGAAAGAGUUUUAUCACCUAUCCCAGAAGUGAUCAGUUCAGAUUCCAGCUCUAGUUCUGAUGAAGGUCAAGAGGAAUCCCAUGUUUUGUCUUCAGUCAGUGACUCAUCUCUCAUAAAAACAGUCAGCAGCAAUGGGCCAGAUGAAUUCUGUGCGGUUGAAGACUGGAGUGGUGAUAUUCAUGUCAUGGAUUGUUGAAGAACAUUUAGUUUUGAAUCCCGACACAUAAAUUCAGUAUGCACGUGGGUGUGCGUAUAUCCCUCUGUGUGUGUAUGUGCAAGCAUGCAUGUGGCCUCGUGCAAGAAUGAAAGGUAAAAGGAAAGGAUGAAGUUGUGGGAAAUUGAAGGUCACAAUGACUUUGUGUGUUGCUGUCAGAGAUUGUGUGCUAGAUGUUUGUAUUGGACGUGAAAUAGUAAUUUUUGACCCAAUGUCCAGCAUAGAUUUUUUGCAACAUCUGGAAGAAGUACAUUUUGCAUGGUGGUUAUAAUUCCAUUGGAGUGCUUGUAGUACUUAUUUGAUGUCUGCUCAAAAUGAGUUUCAAUGGCUGUUGUGCUACUGCUGUAUAUAAUGCCCUUGGAGAAUGCAAGAAUCACACUUGGCAACUGUAUUCAUCUGGUUAAUAUAAGAAUAACAUAAAAAUAAAACAAAAACUUCAAAAAAUA